AUGGCAUCAUCGUCGCAAGUCAAGCUCGCGGUGGGAAUCCUGUCGAUCGGAGACAUGGGAUUGGGCAUUGCUCGCCUGCUACGACAGCAUGGUCACACAGUCUACACCGUCGCAAAAGGCAGAAGCAAACACACAGUGGAGAGGAUCCAGUCCGCUAAGAUCACUACACUUGACUCUGAUGAAGAACUCGUGGCAGAGUCUGAUAUCAUCUUAAGUAUCGUGCCACCUCGGGAUGCCAUUGCUACAGCAAGACGGGCUCUGGAAGCAAGCAGAUCCAACGACGCGAUCAAAAGACGAAGCGAAAGGAAAGGAACCGCGGCACUUGGUCAAGCACCGAGCUUGACCUAUAUCGACCUGAAUGCUAUAUCACCCCGCAGCGCGAAGACGAUUGCGGGGAUUUUCACCGCUGAACUAUCGCCGUCUUUGCCCCGGAGGCUAUCCAUAUCGAGGACGUUCUCAUUUCGCAAGAAUUCAGAGCCCGAACCAGAACCAAUACCAAUCAAAUUCCUCGAUGGCGGCAUCAUUGGUGGUCCACCGUCGCUGAAACAGGACCAGAGUUGGAAGCGUCCAUCGGUGGUGAUCUCCGGCCCCGGGAUCAAGGACUUGCUACCUGAGUCUUUGAUAACACUUCUGAAUAUUAAGGUAGUGGGCAAUACCAUUGGCCCCGGAUCGGCACUUAAAGCAUGUUUCGCAUCCCUUACGAAAGGCCUGACAGCGCUAUCCAUACUCUCCUUCACCACCGCUCAAACAGCUGGGGUCCUGCCCCAUUUGCAAGAACAUCUCAAGGAAUAUAGUCCAAAUACUCUUGCACUUGCGACUAACGGUCUGACAGCAAUGCCACCAAAGGCCUAUCGUUGGGUUGAUGAGAUGCGACAGAUUGGAGAGACGUUUGCAGAAGAUGGAGGCUUUGGCCAUGGAAGUGGUGGUGGCCAGAUCUACGAUGGAAUUGCCGAUAUAUAUAAGUUCGUAACCGAGGAAACCGUGCUUGGCGAAGAAAGAGUUGAGAAGCGAAAGAGAGGUACAACGGCUGAAGACGUUGCAGAAUGUGUCAAGGAAGGGAUUGCACGCAAGAAGCAAAAGGGACAAGGCGAUGAAGAUCUUGAUCAAGCAUGGAGGGGACGAUGGUCGUGA